AUGCUGUGGGUGAGAAGCGAGUACCAGCAGGCGGGGCUGCCUUUGGCCGCCGUCUGCCCGGGGGGGCUGGGCUACACAGAGUCAGCGUCGCAUGGGCACCCAUGUCCCUGGUGCUGCCCCACUGAGCGGGCCCACGCCUACUCAGCUGGCAGGCCCCGGGGGGCACGCGCCCACGUCCUGAGCAUGCCUGGGGCUCCCGGGUGGGCCGUGUACUGGGAGCUGCUGAGGCUCCUGCUGGAGCCUUCCGGGCAGCUGCCGGGUCCUGACACGAGGGGCAAGGUGAUCGCAGCCCUGCUGGGGCUGUUCUUGGCGCUGGCGGACGGUGAGGAGGACUUGAGCCUAGAGGACUUCGACUUUGCCCAGGUGGCCGGGUCAGGGCGCCUGCCGUCGGGGACAGGCCCGUCCCGGCAAGUCUGGGAGACCCUGCAGGACCUGCUGCCCCUGGAGCCCCCUGCUAGCUCCGCAGCGUGCGGGGCCCUGGAAUUUCCCAGACCACUGUAUCUGGUACGAGAUUGCCUUCGCUCCAACCUGGAGCCCCAGGGCUCACCCCGGAUGAAGAAGAUGGGGGCCGUAAUGGCGCAGCAGGAGGGGCCCCACCUGGCCCUGACCUCCGUGUCUGACCACUGCUGUGUGGAGGAGAAGAGCCAGGCUGUGAAGGUCGUCCCCGGGAAGUUCGAGCUUCCUACGGAGUCUGGAGGCAAAGAGGUCACUGUGGUGGCCACGGACUACGAGACGUCCAGCAUCAUGAACACUGUCUUCCACAAAGGAGGGAAGGCCCACAGUGUCCUGAAACUUCACAGCCGGAUGGUGGAACACGACGAAAGAGCCGUGGACAGGUUCCUCGUAAAGGCCGUGGAGCACGGGCUGUCAGCAGGGGAUGUGGAGCUGCUCUCCAAGGAACCCCCUCACGCUGUCCCGUCCUACCGGGAGGGGGCUGAGUCGGCCGCAGGCCAGGCUGCCCUGGGGGUGGUGCGGGGGUACGGGGACGGGGACGCCAUCUGCCACACUCCUAGGGUCUUCUCUGGUCCCUGA